AUCAGAUAUUUGGCCUUCCAACACAGCUGUACAAAAUUGUAAACAAUUCACUUGGCUGGCAGUUUGCCCUCUCCAGUGAUGGAAAGCUCCUUGCAGUACUUCAAGAAAGUUGCAUUGAGAUUAGGUCAUUUGUAGACAACUUUGAAUCAGUUAUUGCAAAAUGUACAGUUGAAGAAGACAACUGUCCACAAUGGAGAAAGCUGGCUUGGAGUCAAGAUUGUUCUAUGUUAGCUUUAUCAUACAGCUCUAGGGACAUAGCAGUUUUUGAUCUUGCUGGAGAACUUCUCUUCACAAUUCCGAAGACCCUUGGGACCAUUCCCUCAGAUCUCAGUGAUAGCAUCACUGGACUUGUUUUUAUUGAACAUAGACACAGCUCACAGUGGUCUGCAGAGCUUUUGGUGAUAAAUUUCAGUGGUGCUUUGAAGAACUACCUUGUCAGUUCAACAAAUGGCUUUCAAGAGAACUAUGACUUCUCCUUUGCUAACAUUUUACCUCAUGGAGUAUGCAGUGCUGUUUACCAUCCUCAACACAGCUUGUUGAUACUUGGUAGUCUGACAGGUCAAGGGCAGAGAACUUCAGCAGAUGAGCCUUGUCCAGCUUCCCUUUAUGGUUUGACUGCUUGGAGGAUUCUCUCAGGAUAUCCUCAUUAUAAUCUCAUUGAAGAUGACGGCACACAGUUGAUCAAAUUUGGUUCUGGGAUAUUGAAUAAGCUUAAAAGUCUACCACUGCUAAAUUCUGGAAAUGAAGGGCAGGAUGGUGUGGUUUACAUGUCAUUGUCUCCAGAUGGCACUAAGCUGGCAGCAUUACACUUGUCAGGAACUCUGUCUUUGUGGCAAGUGCCAUCACUCAGAUGUCAGAGAAUGUGGACCAAAGAUGAACAGCCCUCAGUCAAGAAUCAUGAAGAACAUUCUGCCUUUUCAGUAUCAAAACCAUUGGAUUCUAACAAGGAUUCAUCUUUUUGUGGAUUAAUUGAUGUCAAUUGGUGGACAGAGGAGGCCUUAAUUUUGUCUCACAGCAUUGGGGCUCUAACUGUUUCCUCUGUAGAGGAGAGUCUUAAUAACUUACUUGGUAGCCAUCCAGAAAGGUGUGAGCCAUGGUCUCGCAUUACUGCUGCUCAUGAUAAAGGAUUCCUCAUUCUGGAGUGUGAAAAUAAAAUCAAGACCCUGCAGUCAAAGAUUGUACUCAGUAGUGAUGAGGAUGAUGGUGAUCAACAUGAAAGGGAAGAUGUCAAGUCAGGAAGUGAUGAGGAUGAUGAUGAGGAGGAAACAACUUUGACGUCAAGAACAAAAAACUUUGCCAAUCAGGUCUUGUUUUUCCUGACUGAAAGUGAGAGAUUUCAGCAACCUGUGAAGAUAAGAAAAGUGCUUCAGCGUACAUAUCGACUUGCCUGUUUAAGGUCCACAACACCAGAGGAACUAUAUGCCAGGAAGAUUGAGGAUGAGGAGUAUGGUGAAGCUCUUGUCCUUGCACAAACUUAUGGACUGGACAGUGACUUGGUUUAUCAGAAGCAGUGGAGGAAAUCCCCUGUCUCAGUAGCUUCAAUUCAUGACUACUUGAGUAAAGUGAAGAAUCGACUAUGGGUUCUUAACGAAUGUGUGGAGAGAGUCCCAGAAACGUAUGAGGCAACAAAACAGUUGCUGCUGUAUGGUCUUCAUGGAACAGAUGCUAAGGUGGUGAAAGCUUUGGGUAACAAAAAGGGUCCUCUGCCAUUUAUUAUAAAAACAAAGGAGGAUGAAGAAGGUGAAGAGGAUCAGGAGAAAAAAGAUUUUCUGGAGUUUGAAAGUUUCAACCUGGAACAGAGAGACAUCUGCAUGUAUCGCCUGAAGCUCCUUCAGUAUCUUGACCGCCUCUCAACGUAUGAGGAUAUCUUGGGUGGAGUUCACAUAGCUCACGAGGAAUACUGCCACACUUUCUUUGAGAGAUUUAGAGAGUUGAACAUUUUGCAAGCCGCUGUGGAGUAUGCCAGGGAGGGAAAUUGGGAAGCUUUAGAAGUUAUCUUCACAUACCAUGGCAAAGAGACAAUUCCCCACUGGCUUGCAAUUCUAUCCAACUUUGAUGAGACAAUUCCUCCAUCUGAAUACAAAAGUCUUCUUCCGGAAGCAGGUUUCUUACCAGAAGAUCCAGAAGUUUUGGAAUGGGAUGAAAAGUCUUGGAGAGAUACAGAUUGGGUAGAGAAUGCAGAGUGCAAAAAAAUCUUAGGUUGGGAUCAUAGUGACAACUCAGCUGAAUUUAUUUACCUUGAAAACCCAGAAUUACAACUGUACAGGUGUAAACUUACUUCAGAUGUUGUGAUGCAGUGGUACAGAAAUAGAGCUUGUUUGAUAGAACAUCGCUCCAAGCAGGUGGAUAACUCUUUGGAACUAAUAAAGCUUGGAAUGGAAAGAAGGAUUAAGGGGCUUCAAGAUCUUCAUGAUGAUCUUGUGACACUUGAAGUGCUAAUAUAUGAGAGUUGCGCAGAUGUGUAUCUCAGUUUGGAGAAUUUUCAAAGCAUGAAUGAACUGGAAAAGUUGAGGAUGUUGUUGAAGAAGUCCACAGAGGAAUCAUUUAUUGCUGACUUCAAGAGCUGGGUCCUUCCUUUUUUGCAACGUCUUGGAAGACACAAAAAGAAAUCUCAAGUGAAUCUGAUCCAUCACUAUUUAACAGACAUUGCCAAGACUGACCUGACCUAUGUGCUCAAAAUCUUCCAGAAUUCCACUGCAGAGAUCAAAGAACCUAUCAUAGCAGAUGUAGCUGAACAGAUGAAACUUGCACUGGAUUGCAUUUAUAUCACAAAAAGGUUUGAUCAGCUGGAUUUGGCCUUUAGCAUACUGGAAUGUCUUCCAGACAGCAAUGAGGAUGUUCUUUCAGAUCAGAUCCGAGAGUUAAACAAAAAAGUUGAUCGACUGGAGGUUUACUUGUGUGCCUGUGAAACUCUAGCAAAACAUGGUCUUGAAAAGCCAGUGUCAUUUGUCCUUGACACCCAUAAUAACUCAGAAGAAGCCAGAUCACUCAUGGUAGACAUAACAAAGGCUGCAGCCAAAAAGAGUCCACCAUUAAAGGAAGCUCAGUGGAUUAGACUUCUCGGUGACAUGUUGACCCUUCAGAAAGAAGUUUACACCUGCAUUGAACCAUCAGUUUGUUAUGAGAUCUACACAGAAACACUUCUACAUUCUGGCAGACGAGAGUGUAUCCAGCUUGCAGGGCAGAUGAUCUGUAAGACAACUAAGGAGGAUGACUAUCCAGAGCCCACUGACCCUGUUGCUGGUCCUCGGAUCAAGUGUUCCAGGGGCAUAGAGCUUGUUUUAGAUGCUUCCAAAGAGUAUUUUGACUCCUCAGCUGAUCUGACAGACAAGGCCAUGGAUCUUGCAAGGGACUGUUUAAAUCUUACUGAUGAUCGGUCAGCAGCUCUACAGGAAGAGUACAAUUUGAUUGCUGCCUUGGCACUGCUAGAUGAUUUUGGUAUUACAAUUCUUCCUUUGCAAGUGCGUUUGUGUGAAGAUAAACUCACCCUGGUCAGACAAGUGUUACAAUCAUCAACCACAGCCUAUAAAAAGAAGCAAAAGAUACUACGUUUAGCAAGCCUUCUUCAGAUCUCAGGCUCAGAUGAAAAAUUGCGGCAUGGCCGUGUGCUCAUGUUGACUGCUGAGUCUGCCAUUCAGGCUUCUGACUACUCUUUUGCAUGUGCAAUAUGCCAAAGUCUAAUGUCAGAGGACUACAGCCCUGUAUGGACCAUCUGCAGGGUUCUUGGAGAAUGUGAAGAGUAUAAAGACCUUAAAGCAAGGCAAAGCCUUCUAGCAUUUGCCCUUACCCACUGCAUACCAGAUGAGUUGGAAUCUCUCCUUAAAUCCAGAAGUCUCUUAGAAACACAGAUUUUGUAUCAGGAGUUAAAUCAGCACAUGCAAGUGACAGAUCAGGAAAAGGAGGAGCCUUCUUCAGAUCAGAGUCUCUUGACACAAUCUAAAUCCUUGCUGUCAGCUGUAGGUGACAAGAAAUUCUGGAAGAGCACUAUGAAAUGGAUCAGACCACUUCAGGAUGAACAGAUGACAUUGUCUAACAGUGAACUAAUCAAACCCGUCUCACAGGAUGUAAACACACACCGAUUUCACCCUUUCUACCAGUCACUGGUGGAAAGAAAUUUUACAAGAAUGAAAGGGGAUAAAUUGCCAUAUGAGGAACACAUUGCAAAACAGAUGGCAAACAAGCCUCUGCUUUUCAGUCGUUGUUUAUUAAGGACACAAAAACUGUCUGAGAGCAGAUGCGAAGGAGAGAUUGUUGAGCCUACCAAUGAAGUUCUAAUAAAGUUGGUAGAGUCAAUUUUAGAAGAAGACACUACUCUUGGGAUAGCAUAUUUACUGGCACUACAUGAGGCAUCAGAAGUGAAUGAAUUUUUCAGCAGAUUUGGUGAUAGUUACCUGUGUCUUCACAUGGCAGCAUACUGCUUUGCUGUUAGCAUCUACAACAUCAUUCAGCCCUCACUAUCAACUCAUCAGGCUGAUGUUUACCAUCACUUGCCUUCUGACAUCACUGAUCAUGUCAUGAGUCACAUUACUGCUGGUCUGCACAAUAAUUGGCCUAAAAAGUCCCAGGACUUUGCAAAUUUUCUGGUCCGCUAUCACAACCACAUGGCUGACUUUGCCCAGGGACAACUGCUCCAGAGCCUGGGAAAGGGAGUUGACAUCGGUCGUUUUGCACAAGAUCCAGAGUACAAGCAAGAGACCAUCCUGGGAUUGGCCAUGGCACUUGAGGAAGAAGUUUUUAACACGGCAAUGUCUUUAGCUGAGCGUUAUAAUGUGUCCAAAUGGGAGAUGUUUAUGACCCAUUUGGAAAGUCUCUUCUCAGACAGCAACCUGUCAACGAAAGAAAUUCAAGAAAGAGUUAAUAAACUUGAAAUCAUGAACACCUUACUUCAGGAUCCAAGCAAAGUACUGGAACGAAUGCAAGAGAACGUGUAUGUGACUAUUGAUGGCACCAAACAUGCCAGGUUAAUUUACUACUAUAUGUUGCUGGAACAGUGUGAGGACAAAGAUAACACCUUGAGGGAUAAGAUAGAUGCUCAGUCUCAUCUCAGAAUACUGAAGAAGAUAAAACCUGCUGCUCCUAGUCUGGAUUAUAAACAACUCACAACAGCAGACUCACCUCUUCAGGUGUUGAAGCCUGUGCUGACAGAAGCCAAUUUUAAUUUGUUGGCAAAGCUAGCAACAAAGAUCCCCACUAAGGACGGCAGCUCUCUAGAAUCAUCAAGUGUGUACAGAGUCUAUGUGGAGAAACUCUUUUGGGAAGGAGAACGCAAGGGUAAAGAAAGUGAAGCAGAUCAACCAGUUGACUGGUCUCAGCGUUAUGAUGUUUGUCACAAACAGCUACCUCGCCUGUCAGCUCAAGGCAUUCAACAAUUUGUUGAUUCUAUAACAUUCAGUGAGUUAGCUGUGGACACCAUACCAGUUGAAAACAGGGUAGAAAUUGUGAAUAGAGCCUUGAGAUUUGCUCGACAACAAGAUGCUGCUCUGAAGAAAAAGGGAAUCAGUGAAAGCCAGGAAGAAAGCGCUCUUGGGCAGAAUGUUACCUUUGAGCAAGUCAUCACCCAUUUGGAACAGUCUUGUAGACACCUUGAGUCCCUUGCUGAUCCCCUUAUUUAUGAACUGACAGAGCAUGAUGAGGAUAUAGGUACAAGCUAUGCUCGCCUGUUUGCAUUGUCCCGCUCUGAACCACAUGAGAUUUGUGAGCUAGUGUCACUCAUGCUGAUAGGAGGUGCAUCUUUGGACACCAUCAAUGAGCUCCUUUUGCUGGCAUCUCGCCAAAAACCACAGACAGGCAGAGUGGGAAAGACAGUACAGCAAACCCUUAAAGUUGUACUGGAAUCUUUCAGUGAAACAAAAAACUCUUCUCAUCCCUGGCUUAGUGACAAGAAACCCAUAGAUGUUUUACAGACAAUUCUUCAGACAGUAAGCAUGCAUAUUGAAAAGGGAGGGACGAUGACCAAUCAAGAGGAUGUCUUGGAGUGUUUACGACCAUUCUGUGCAGAUGUAACUGUGUCUGCUGCAAUAAAGACCACAGUUCUUCAGUUGAUGGAAGAAUCAUUUGACCUAAGUGGAGAAGACACGUUUCUUUUGUUAUUUUAUCAAACUGAUGCCAUUGUGUCAUCGACAUGGAACAGAAAGCUUACACUGGAAGACAUUGAUAGUGACACAAAGAGGCACCAACUGUUUGAGACUCUUUUGAGUGAAAGCCUCUCCCUCUCACAGCUGCUUUGUUUGGGAACCCUCUUGCAGAUAUGGCCUGUGCUUGCAGCUACAGAACUCAACGAGGAGCCAUCAGCAAACCCUUGGGUGCAACUCAUGGACAAAAUAAUUCGAUGUCAUGGUGAUGGAGAGAGUGUGAUUGACAUGUUAAAACAGCUGUGCCGUACAACAAGUCUCAAUGUAGAGUGCUGCUCUCAUGUGUACAAUCUGAUGUUGCUCCAGUGCAAAACCCUCUAUGCAUUGAAGUUUGCCUUGGUUUCAAAGAUGGAAGCUAUGCACCACUUGGCAAUAGAAAACAUGAAGAGUCUUAAGGCCAACUCAAAUUCAUAUGACAAUGAACUCCUGGAACUUGUUAUUUCUCUUGGCCUAACAGCAGAUGUUGCUAAAACUCCCUUCCUAACCCCUCUGAUCAGCUAUGUUACUAGCAAUCCUGAUGGAUCUUUGGACACUGAUGCAGUUGAGGUGGCAACUGAAUUAUCUCAUGCAGGUGCACGAGUCAAGUUGGUUGCCUCCCAAUUACAGGCGGCAGGCCACUGGGGUGAGGCAGGAACAUUGAUGUUGAAUUAUCAAGGGACACAUCCAGCUUUGAGGACCUUUGAUAGUGCACUAGGUGCCUUAUCAAGAUGGCUCAGAAGAUAACGCUUGUUUGGUCAUAUGUCAUUCUAUGCCAGUCUUGAGAGACAUCUGCAUUUGACAUCAAGAAAUACUCUGUGUUAGUACUUUUCUUGUAUUAAAGCUAAUAAUGUACAUGAAGAAUUAUGUACUUCUGAUUGGCUGAUAAUGAGUGCAUUCUCAUGUAAGACAAGUGCAAAGUUGAAACAUGAGUGCAAAUUACAAAUAGCAUGUGCAAGCUUUCAAAAUUGUGUCUGUCUUACUUUCUGUGAUGUUUUUUCAUGUAGUUUAUUAACAAGUAAUAACAUGAUUUCUCUUGCAAUUUGGUGUUAAUCAGCAUUUGUAAAUUUUUCAGACUACAUAUUGCACUUUUGCUACAGGCUUAUGCAAUUUUGUUGUCUUUGUAAAAUUCACUUGUUCAUAUUAACACCAAAUUGCACUCAAAAUCAUGUUAUUGCCUAGACAAAGUGCAUGUGUGCACUUGCAUUAUUUAUAUGAGGAAUUGAGCUUCAUAAA